AGAAAAAAUGUGCAGAUGAAAAAAAGGGGGGAAAACAAAAUUCUUUCUCGGGAGCCAAUUUAUUUUCUGGGAAUUCUCUGCUCCCCCCUCUACCUCUCUCUUUCUUCAUCUCGCAAAAUUUUUGUCCCUGAUUUUGAUAAUAUACUCCACCAUCUUCUCUCCUUUUGGUUCAAAUUCUUUCAGAUAAUUUUGGAGCUCGGCGAUGGUGUAAAUUGAUUCUAAUGCGGUUAAACCAUGAUAUUGUGCGUCGUUGCUAUCUUAUCCUUUGAUCUUGGUCUCUCUGCAUUUUUAAUCCCGACAAGGGGCCGAGCUUUCUGAAUUCUUAUUCGUUGUUGUUGUUGUACCUCUGAAUUCUUAUUCCUUAUUGUUGUUUUUCCUCAGUAAUCAUCCAAUUCGGUUGCUGAUUGUGGGGGUCAUUGUGAAUUUUUGGAUUGAAUAUCAAAAGUAAAAAAAAAACUAAAGUUAAACGGGUGAUUUCCUUUUUUUGAAACAAUUUUGUUAUAGAAUCAUAGAGAUGACUUUCAAAAUUUAAAUCAUUUUUGUAUAUUUCCUCAAUAUUUGGGAGGAAGAGCUAUGAACUAGAGUCUUGACGAGCGAUGGAUCAUCUUGUCGGUGGGAAAUUCAAACUCGGUCGGAAGAUCGGUAGUGGAUCUUUUGGGGAGUUAUACAUUGCUGUCAAUGUCCAGACAGGAGAAGAAGUUGGUGUGAAGCUGGAGUCUGUGAAGACCAAACAUCCCCAGCUACACUAUGAGUCUAAAAUUUACAUGAUUCUCCAAGGGGGGACUGGAAUUCCUGAGUUGAAGUGGUUUGGUGUUGAGGGUGACUACAAUGUCAUGGUCAUAGACCUUUUGGGGCCGAGCCUAGAAGACUUGUUUAACUACUGCAACCGCAAAUUCUCUUUAAAGACAGUUCUUAUGCUUGGAGAUCAGUUGAUUAAUAGAAUUGAGUAUAUGCACUCAAGGGGUUUCCUGCACCGUGAUAUAAAACCUGACAACUUUCUAAUGGGUUUAGGACGCAAAGCUAAUCAGGUGUAUGUUAUCGAUUACGGGCUUGCAAAGAAGUAUAGAGAUCUUCAAACUCAUAAGCACAUACCAUACAGGGAAAACAAAAAUCUUACGGGCACAGCUAGAUACGCCAGUGUAAACACGCAUCUUGGAGUUGAACAGAGCAGAAGGGAUGACUUGGAAUCCCUUGGAUAUGUACUCAUGUACUUCUUAAGGGGAAGUCUUCCAUGGCAGGGUCUAAAGGCGGGAAAUAAAAAACAGAAGUAUGAUAAAAUUAGUGAAAAGAAGAUGUUAACACCAAUUGAGGUUCUGUGCAAGUCAUAUCCAUCAGAGUUUACAUCAUACUUCCACUACUGUAGAUCCUUAAGGUUCGAAGACAAGCCUGAUUAUGCAUAUUUGAAAAGGCUAUUUCGGGACCUUUUUGUUCGUGAAGGCUAUCAGUUUGACUACAUAUUUGAUUGGACCAUAUUGAAGUAUCCUCAAAUAGGCUCCAGUUCUAGACAUCGGGCCAGUGGAAAAACAGGAGUGAAACCACAAGCGACAGGUGAAAAGCCAGAAAAGCCAUCAGGUGUGUCCCUUCCCAAGAUAGGAAGACCAGAGACUCGUGAAAGACCAAUAUCGGGAGGCGUAGAUGCUUUAGUUAGUAGAAAGAGUGUGUCUAGUAUUGGGUAUCGUGAGCGCUCAAAGAACAGGCAAGCAGAGGAUGGAUCAUCCUCCAAGGACAACCGAUCUGACAUUGAGAAAAGUCGGCCAUCUUCCUCCCGAAAUGUGUCAAAGAAAGCAGUAGCAUCCUCCAGUAGAUUGAGCUCCUCAAACGUAGGAAGUGAAAGUCGAUCAAGUUGGCUCUUCUCCAAUAGCAGCCGCCUCUCAACUACUCAGAGAAUACACUCUGGUUCUGAUACAAAAGCCCCAUCAACCUCUCAACACCAUGGUGGCACUCUCCGAGAAUCAACUCGCGAUCAACAUCAGCUUCGUAGCUUUGAUAACCUUGUCAUUGAUGCUGAUCGGAGGAGGCGAUGAAACCAAUUCAUGGGAACUCAUUUGUACCUUCCCUAGCACCUACGGUUCACUAUUGAGAAUUCUCAUUCUUCUCCAAUCUCACCUAUAUAUUCAUUCACACCACUUAUUUGUUGGGGGGAAAAACAAAACCCCCAAAGAAAAAAAGAAAAGAAAAAGAAAAGUGGAUUGGGAAUAACUUUCUAAGAAAGCCAUUGAUUGAGAAUGUGGUGGAGGCUGUAUUUGCAGGUGUUAUUAUGCUCUGCCUAUAAAUGUAAAGUUGUCAAAAGAGUAUCUAAAACACGUCUUGGUAAGGAAAAAAGAACAUUCCUGGAGAUCCUGCCAUGCUUGACAUCCUUCUGUAAUCUUGUGUUAUUGCUUUGUAAAAUUAUUUUCCUUACAUGGACCAUUAAACUAACUAUCAUCAUUUGUAUUAAACUAAAUUUCUUUAUACUACAAAAGC